AAUCUAUCUGUUGUCCAAUAUUAACCACAGCACAAACAGAACAGUGGUAAACAAAAGGAAGAGUAAACACACUCCCCAAGGCCUUUAGGACAAAUAUGGACAGUUACGUUCACAGCGCACAGUUAGGUACAACUUAAAUAAAAGAAGCAAGGUUUGUUUAAUCUGAAGGGAAACUUUAAGGAAGAUUUCUUUUAUUUGAAACGUGAGAUUAAUGGAAAAUGUUUCUUUCGCCCAGUCCAGCUGUUGCACUCUUGUUACACAAACCUCAACAUGCAAGGAAUAAAGCCAUCAUCUUUCCCCAGCGUUUUCUGAUCUAUGACGUCCCAGUCAGGUCCAGCUGUUUGGACACACAGUCCCAUCCCUGUCCCUCCUCGGUGUCCCCCCACUUUCCCUUUUGUCUAUCCCCCUGGGAUGUAUAAUCCCUCCUCCAGCACAUCAUCCACCACCGACCAAGAGGAUCAGCUGCACUGCUGCUCUCUGCUUUUUAAAAAUAGGUUGGGAUAUCAGCUAAGAGACCUGGACGCAUCCUGGGGAUUGAGGAAUGUCUCCACACUUCCCAGAGCCUUGAUAUCUGCGAGAAUUCUCUGAGUAAUUGUCUCUGUGUGUUUCUGGGUGUAUGUGUGUGUGUGUAUGAAGAUAGAUCCUGUAUUACUAGUUAAAGAGAGAGGAUUUUCUGUCCAGAUGAGAGAGUGGACCGAGCUGGAGAUGAGCUUCACGGCAGGGGGGUUUCUCAGCACCUCAGAUGGUUACUGCUCCGCUGAGCAGCUCCAGUACUACGAUAUGCUGGCUGACCCCCUGGGCUAUCCCCUGCAGGACCCUGACCUCCAGCUCCUCCCAUACAGCCAACAACAGUAUAGUCCUGCCAACCUGCCCUUCUCCCACUAUGGUUCUCCACCCUCCUCUGCCCCCUCUCCCUCCUCCUCCUCCUCUUCCUCUCAGCUCUGCAACCCACCAUACCAUUACAGCCCUCACUGCUUGGAGGCCCCUUGCGAUCCGAGCCCCGAGCCCCACUGUGGGGGCCUCUUUGCUCAGGGCCUCGGAUCUGUAGGACUGCCAAUGGGGCGGAGGUCCCGGAUGGGCUCGGGUGGAAAGAGCAGAGGUCAGGAUGAGCUGUGUGUGGUGUGUGGUGAUAAAGCAUCAGGAUACCACUACAAUGCUCUUACCUGCGAGGGAUGCAAAGGAUUCUUCAGACGCAGUGUCACCAAGAAAGCUGUGUAUCACUGUAAGAGUGGCGGUAGCUGUGAGAUGGAUAUGUACAUGAGGAGGAAGUGUCAAGACUGCCGUCUGAGGAAGUGCCGAGCUGUGGGAAUGCUGGCUGAAUGUCUGUUGACUGAGGUGCAGUGCCAAUCCAAACGCCUGAGGAAAGGAGGUAAAAGCAGAGGGCAAGAGGAAGAGGAGAACACAGACACCAGGAGAGUCAGCUCUACCAGCAGGCUACCCGGACAGGCUUUGUCUGCCAGUUUAACCCGAGAACAGAAAUACAUCGUGGACAGGAUGGUGGAGGCCCAUAGGCUCUACAGAGGUCAGGACAGUAACAAUUUUAGGGCAUUCGAGUGGCUGUGUCCAGAAGAAGUGGAAGGCCUGUCUGAUGUAGUAUCACCCCGCCUACAAAGGCUGCUGCAGUUUGCCAGGACAGUGCCAGGUUUUGACCUCCUGGAUUUCUCAGACCAGAUUUCUCUGCUAUCCAUCUCUUCAUUGGACGUCAUGUUCCUGCUCUCUGCCCAGCAGUUUUCCCACAACCCAACAAGCCCCAGUCCAGCACUGCAGCUUUUCAGUAUGUCAACACACAGCUUUCUCAGAGACGUAGAAUCAAAGGAAAACAUCCACAGCAGGGGCUCAUUGGUUCAGAGAGCAGUGAGGAUCUCUUUGCACCAGUGCUCAACUUCUUCCACAGCAUGGUUGCGCUGCGGGUGACGGAGGCUGAGUACACCUUGCUUACAGCCACAGCGCUGCUCUGCUCAGACCGCGCAUCCCUGCAGGCAGCCAGCUGUGUUGAGAAAAUGCAGGAACUGAUCCUGGACCUGCUGUCCAGGUUGUGCGGGGCCCAAGCUGGAGCAGCGCGAGGAGGAGCGCAGAGGUUUGGCCGCCUGCUGGGCAGACUGACGGAGCUGCGAACCCUCCGCCACAACUACCUCCUCCUGACAAGACAGCAGUCUGGACACUGACAGUGAAGAUGUGCAAGAAAUUCUGAAAAUCUUCAGUCUUUUAUGUCUUCACUUCAAUUCAAAGACUUAUUUGUACAAACACUGUCUUAGAAUGGUUCUGAUUGGGUAUAAAUGGGACAGUGUAGGAGACAGUUACUCAGCUGUCUUUGUUUUCUCCCCAGUCCUGAGUCAUUUAGGAAUUUUAGCCUCUAUAACAGGACUGAGAUGCACUUGUGGGCUGCUGCAGUUUGUUUCAUCAAAGAAACGUUUAUAGGUGUUUUUUUUAUAUUUGUAUACAUUUAACAUUCACACUUACAGUACUUUUCACUUUGCUGAACAAUGUUAAAAUAAAGCAUAAAAGGAAAGCUGUAAUGAUAA